AUGGAUGAAGUGGAUAAAAUCAUCUUAAUGGGAGGUUUAAUCCCUUCUGACAAGCUCCUUCUAGUGCAAUGUUUAAAGAAAAAAGGUCACACUGUAGCAAUGGUUGGAGUUAGUUCAAAUGUGAUUCCAGCACUAAAGGAAGCUGAUGUAAGGAUCACCAUACAGACUUGUAGCAGUGAAAUGGUUAGAGAAAGUUGUAACCUCAUCAUCAUGGAUGGAAAUCUCGGUGUCUUAGUCAGUCUUGUCAGAUGUGGAAGAUGUAUUUAUGACAAUAUUUGCAAGUAUAUGCAACUUGAGCUCACCAUGAAUAUAGCAGGGUUGUUGAUAACCUUUAUCACAACAACGAUUUUCGGACAUUCUCCAAUUACAACCAUCCAAUUAGCCUGGGCAAACUUUGUUGUGACUCUUCUUGGUGGCCUUGGAUUAUUGACUGAGCCACCAUCAAAGAAACUGAUGGAAAAGCCACCAUUGAGACAAACUGAACCGCUUAUCAACAUGACCAUGUGGACUAACGUUGUCAUCGAAGCUCUGUAUCAAUCUGGCGUCUCAGUGACAUGGCAAUUCAAAGGGCAAACCAUGAUUGGCAUUAACAAGGAGGUGGCCUUUAUUGAAAUUACACAUAUUCUGGCAGUGUUAGCAUAUGCAAGGUUGACUUUGCUUCAGUGGUUUAUUUGUCGUUCAGUUGGGAUGGUUUCAUGCAAAAGCUCUAGAAAUGAGGUCCUUGAGUCUCAGAAAACGGUCUCUCCAGGAGGAGAUGAAUCUGAGAAAGGUUCUCUUUUUCCUGUAGCCUCAUCAUCCAUUUCCUCUUACAGUAAUAUCAGCCUAGAUGACACAGGAGCAGUCAGUGGUGGCCAUGGUGGAGACCUAGAGUCUCAACAAACGGUCUUGUCAAUGGCCAGCAUAGCUCUAGGAGCAGAUAAAGCUGACAAGGGUUCUCUUGCUGUAGACAAAAUUUCCUCAUGGACUUCUAAUAUCAGCCAGGAUGACUCAGGAGAAGCAGCUAUGAAAAUCUCCAACAAUUGUAUUGGUGAUGCAAAACUGCAACAAGCAAACGUUGCUGGGAUGGUACAGGAGGACUUGGAUUCAAUGCAGAAGGUUGGAGGCAUCCAAGAAAUUGCAGAGGCUCUAGAUACAGAUUUAGAGAAGGGAAUAUUCCCUGGUCUUGAGCUAGAUCUAUGCUCUCAACGCAUAGCUAACACACUCUCCCCAACAACACAGGCUCCUGCACGAGGCUGCUUCAAAUCACUCUUGAAAGCAUGCAAUGAUUGGAUUAUUAUUCUUCUCUGUGUGUAUGCAAUGCUGUUACUUGGCUUUGGGAUCGUUAUGAAAAGCCCAAAAGAUUGGCAUAUAGGUGUCAUCACAAUUCUUUUCAUCAUGGUGCUUGUGGUUCUUCAUUCCUUACGGAAACUUUGGCUCGAACGUUCGCGGCAGAUGUCAAGAAGGCAGAAUACUUCGGAAAUGCACCAAGUGGAAGUUGAGGUCAUUAGAGGGGGAAGCUCGCAGAAAGUAUCCAUCUCAGAUGUUUUGUUGGGUGACAUAGUAUGCCUCGAGAGGGGAUCUCUAGUCCCUGCUGAUGGUUUGCUCGUAUCUGGUGAAUACAUAAAACUGGAUGAUGAUCUUGACUCUACCAUUAACAACGAGAACCCAUUUCUGUUCUAUGGUCCAAAGGUGAUUGAUGGAAAAGGUCGCAUGCUAGUUACAUCAGUGGGCAUGAACACGACAUUGGGUGACUUGUUAAACAAGGUUACCUAUGGCCCCCUCAACAAGACCCCAUUACCAGUGCAACUUGAUAAGCUGAACACUAGCAUACAAAUUACAGGGCUUUUACUCUCCAUCCUCAACCUUGUAGUGUUGUUCUUCCAUUUUAUGCUUCAAAAGAAAAGAUUUCAUUUUAACCUCCCAGACCUCAAGGGGAAAGCAGUUGCAAGUAAAGAGAUCAUGGAUACGAGUAAGAAAAUUCUCUUGACGCCAAAUGGGAAGUUCAACACGUUAUCAACUUCAAUUCUUACGUUUCUGUUUGGAGUAACAGAAGGGAUACCUUUUGUAGUCACUCUUGCCAUUGGUUAUUGGAAUAAGAAGAUGCUAUUUGGCAAGGCCAUUGUUCAAGAACCCUUGGCUUGUCUCACCAUGAAUUCAGUCACAACUGUCUGUAUUGACAAAAGUGGUUGGCGAUCAGUAAACUCAGAGGCAGCUGACUCGACAAAAAGAGAAAUAGAAGCUUGGAUAAAUGCUGGAGUUAAUAUCAUACUAGUUUCAGAAGAUGAUGUCUCAAUAUUGGAAGACAUAGCUUGCAAGUGUGGACUACUUCCCAAUGCAGAUAAAUUGAAGCUUGAGGCUAAAGAUUUUCAAAAUUACAUCAACGAAAAGCAGAUGGAUGAAGUGGAUAAAAUCAUCUUAAUGGGAAGUUUAAUCCCUUCUGACAAGCUCCUUCUAGUGCAAUGUUUGAAGAAAAAAGGUCACACAGUAGCAAUGGUUGGAAUUAAAACAAAUGUGAUUCCAGCACUAAAGGAAGCUGAUGUAGGGAUCACUAUACAGACUUUUAGCAGUGAAAUGGUUAGGAAAAGUUCUGACAUCAUCAUCGUGGCUGGAAAUCUCAGUUUCUUGGACAGUCUUGUGACUCUUGUCAGAUGCGGAAGAUGUAUUUAUGACAAUAUUCGCAAGUAUAUGCAAGUUGAGCUCACCAUGAAUAUAUCAGGGUUGUUGAUAACCUUUAUCACGACCACGAUUUACGGAUAUUCUCCAAUUACAACCAUCCAAUUAGUCUGGGUAAACUUUUUUGUGACUCUUCUUGGUGGCCUUGGAUUAUUGACAGAGCCACCAUCAAAGAAACUGAUGGAAAAGCCACCAUUGAGAAAAACUGAACCACUUAUCAACAUGACCAUGUGGACUAACGUUGUCAUCCAAGCUCUGUAUCAAUCUGGCGUCUCAGUGACAUGGCAAUUCAAAUGGCAGACCAUGAUUGGUAUUAACAAGGAGGUUAGUAAUACCAUUAUCUUCAAUAGUUUUGUCCUCUGCCAAGUCUGUAACAUUAUAAAUGCAAGACAAGUGAAGAAGAUGACUGUGGUUGAGCACUUUCCUCGUAACCCAUUGUUUUGGUUGGCAGUGGGUGUUAUUCUGUUACUGCAGGUGGCUUUUAUUGAAAUUACACAUAUUCUGGCAGUGUUAGCAUAUGCAAGGUUGACUUUGCUUCAGUGGUUUAUUUGUCUCUCAGUUGGGAUGGUUUCAUGGGUUAUUAAUUGUCUAUUGAUUGGGUUACAAAGUGCAUGCACUUCUUGAUAAGCAGUACAACGUGUCGUGCAUCACAUGAAUGACAAAGGGA